AUGUCUAUUCCAUCAUUUGGUCGUCUUGUCCGCUUCAUCCCGAAGUCGGGAAAGGAUAUUCUCAUCGGAGAGCCAACUGACAAGAAUGUCGAUGUUGGAGCUGCUACUCUGGCCGGGAAAGAUGUUGAAGUCACAGUCUUCAGUGGAACAUCGGUUUUGAGUCCAGGAAGCUCAACUGGCAAGACCGAAGUGAUCGGAAAGGUCCUCUCGCCUUUAGCUGAACCAGAAGUGGGUACCAUCAGAUGUAUCGGAUUGAACUAUGUGCAACACGCACGAGAAGCCAAGAUGCAAAUCCCAGAUGUCCCAGUCUUGUUCACCAAACCCUCAACUGCACUUGCAGACCCGUACCCAGCACCAACCAUCAUUCCCAAGCACACGCUCAAAGACGACUCAUGUGAUUUCGAAUCGGAGCUCGUCAUUGUGAUUGGCAAGAAGUGCAAGAAUGUUUCUGAAUCCUCCGCUCUUGACUAUGUCCUUGGAUAUACAGCUUCCAACGACGUCAGCAGCCGAACCAGCCAGUUCGCUCAGAGCCAGUGGGGUUUCAGCAAAGGCUUUGAUGGCGCAUGCCCGAUCGGCCCUGUAUUGGUGUCAAAGGAAUUAAUUCCUGAUGUUGGGAAGUUGAAGUUGAGAGGGUUGAAGAAUGGAAAAGUCUUGCAGAAUUGUGGACUGGAUGACUUGAUUUUCUCCGUACCAAAGAUCGUAUCCUUCCUCUCGCAAGGAACAACUUUGAACCCUGGAACGAUCAUCUUGACCGGAACUCCAGCUGGUGUUGGAUUUAGUUUCUCGCCGAAAGAAUAUCUUCACGACGGAGACCAGUUUGCUGUCGAGAUCCUGCCGUAUAUUGGCACUUUGGUUACAAAUUUCGAGGCGGAGAAAUAGAUAGCAAAUAGCACAAAUGCAACGCGGCAAUACAUUUUUGCCCGAGCCAGUAGUAAUCACGUGUUAGUCAGCAGACUUUCUCGUCGAACAAACAACACUUCUCCACAGCCGCCAGCCACAACCAAGCAGCGAAAAUCCCUCCAAGCAAUCUUAUAAUAAACAAGCACCAUCACGACAUCGCCAUCUCGGAAAUAAAUUCCGCUUGGCCACAGCCUCUCAAGCGAAGGAGGCGCCGAGGAGUUAGCGUGUCCAGUAGUGCUGACGAAAAUAGCAAUGCACCUCUAAGCGCGGUAUCAAGCCACCUCCAUGGACAUAACAACCUCCUAUCCAUGAAAGCCACCCACACAUUCGAAUACAGCGCUCUAUCUUGCCUGCUCAUGAUAGUAAGAUUGCAGGGCAGAUACCCAUCUUUCGGCGCGAUCUGUUAAAACCACCCUAUCUACGAGCGGGAUGGAGGGCCGGGAUAUAAACGCGGUGCAUUAUCCUAAAUCCGGAACCUACUGCACGUCAAUCCUUCUUACUGCACCUGCUCCCGCUAGAUCAAGCAAGAAACCAAGUUCCUGAUAUAAUAUUUACAGUAAAGUUCUGCUUUUUAUGGGCCUGCAUGUAUGUAUGUAUGUAUGUAUGUAUGUAUGUAUGGAUGCUCCAGGAUCAGAUAUAUGCACUGCAAGCAUCUCAUCACACAUGGGCCAGGGUCACCGCAUCUUACAUGUUCAUCCAUCCAUCCUUCUUCUGUCUGCACCUGGUACGUACCAGAGUUACUGAUCUGCGGCUCGACGACCCUUCCUUCGCCAUGCCUCCUUGAUGCGCACCGAGCUGGCCUAUGAUGUCUUUGCUUGCACCAGAGAUGGCAGUUGAAAUCGUCGUCUAUAUUAGAUGCGAUAAGAGAUGUUCAGCGUCGAAGCUGGGCUGGGCCGCAAUAUGGGAGCAAUUGUUCUUGCACAUUUUUCAGACUUGGUCUCUUCAAUUUGGCCUACUGCUUUCUUCCUGCAUGUGUUCAAGUGAGUUCGAAGUCAUGAAGUAAGUGCCGUACCCGGCUUGAUAUCAUUCCUGCACUACACUGCAUGUUAGAUUUGACGAGCGGGAGAAGUGAAUGGGACGAAUUCAAGUCUGCGAGCCUACGCACGAGUUUAUGUAGAUGGUUUCUAGAGCUUGAGUUUUGCUUUUUAAGGCAUGCCAUCCUCACCCGUAUCGAGCUUGUGGCUAGUGUUCUAUGCUUCAAGGCAAGAUCUGCGUUAUUCAGCUGGACUAGUUCCUCAACUCUGCCGUCCUCCAUUAUGUACCGAAGUCCUAAUCUAGCUUGUUUAUCCCGUUUUCUUUCGAAGGAGAGCCUUGCAAUGGCAGCUGAGCUCUAGAAACUAUUUCGAAGGAGAUGUAAUAAGUGCCGAAUCGGAAGUAUCAUCCCGCCGAAUCCCCUCUCAAGUUGAUAUCACGUUUUCCAUGCUAAAUAAUUCGCAAUUUGUCCCAAUUCAAAAUUUAUUUCUCACUUGUUUCUGUCGCAUUCAAUCCGAAUUCCCGAAGAAUUAAACGCGUGUCCUGCAGACUCAGUCAUCCUCACAUACACCACCAUCUCUCGCCUUUACCCGCCGAAAGACAGUAAGCCGUCGCUUACAACGGUAAACAAAGACCCGGCUGACACUUCCGUCAGUUCUCUCUAUCAAUGAGCGAAUCGGGUAAUGCUGUCCAGACGUUUGGCGAAGGGGGCUCAUCUCCUCGCAUGCGGCGUAUGUGUCUGGCCCCCAAGCCGCAAGCGGGUACUCCCUUUACCCGGUCAGCGGUUAUGCUUGGUAGGGGCGAAGAGACUAUGCAGACGAGCCGGCUUGACAGUGAGUAAGUGGACUUUGUAAUGAAAUGUUUCGAGAAGUGCUGCACACCUGCGUCUUUCUAUCACUUAUUUGAGAUGGUUGCAUUGACUGCACGCCGCGCAUUGGACUUGCAGACAGACUCCUGUGGACCCGAGAUAUGGAAACGCUCUUCCAAUUGCCCUAAGCGAUGCUCUACGAUGACCAGACCAUUGCGGCGCUCUCAUCAACAUUUCUGUAUUGAGUCAUUUGACUAGAACUUGUGUUUUACAAAGCGAGAUUGGGGCAGUAGAGAUUCUUAGUUACAUUUAAUACAAC